AUGCCUGCCGCGAGCAAGGCACCCCGCCGUGCUCGCGCCGCGGGCAAGCUUCCCGUUCGCCACAUCGGCCCGCAGUCUGGCCCGCAUGCCGGCACCACUGCCGGCGGCGAGCAGUGCCCGUGGGAUGCUGCCGGGUUCGACUUCAACCGGAUGAAGCAAGCGGUGUCGUACACGCAGAAGCUCAAGAAGAAUGGGGCUGCGACUCUGCUCUCUCGGGUGGAGGUCUUCGAGUACGCGUGCGUCGACCAAGAGACCAUCAUCUCGUACGACCCGCGCCGCUUUGCUGAGCGCCCCGACGGCCCCUCGACGGCCCUGCCCGACCUGCCCGACAUCGCAUGGUCCGACGACCUGCUGUACUUCUACAGACAGGCGUCGCAGCGGGCGGCACACGAGGCGCUGGGAGCCGACUCGCCGUACGCAGAGGAUCCGCACGCGCAGCUGCGCGACCGCGUCGUGGGCCGUCUGCUUCGCGCAUGGCCCAACAUCGAGGCGAGGCUGGCGUCGCCCGAGGAGGUGCAGGCAGCGCCCAACUUCAGCCACUGCACCGUCCCUCUCGUGGUGAGCGCGUUCUGGCCAAACACGCUCUGCGAAUUCUUCGCCCGGGUGCCGGGAGCCUUCCACUACCACCAGCAGGCGGGCAACCUGUCGCCCAACAUGACCAUCGUCCUCGUGAAUCCGCUCAAGCUGGCCCCCGCCCGGUUCAACUACGACAUCAUGCGCGCCUUCUCGAGCCUGGAACCGAUCUCCUUUGCCGAGCUGAGCGCGCGCCACCCUCCGUCGACGCCAAGCAGAAGCACGUUCGAGGGCACCCACGUCCGGUGCUUUCGACACCUGGUGGUCUGGAAGGCCAACCAGGACAACUUUCGGGGCCGCCUGCCCACCGUCGGCAAGGCCGUGGCUGCCUACUACUCGUCGCAGCUGCGCCGGUCGCCGCCCUUCUGGCUGAGCCUGCGGCCGCCGCGCCCCGGCGUGAUGCGAAUCCUCUUUGAGCAGCGCAACGUCGGCAACGCACGGAUGCUCAUCGGCUUCGACUCGCUCCUCCGCGCGUGCGCCGCGUCCAAGCGCCCGUUCGGCGGGAGCAGCUGGCGGCGGCUUCACGCGAGCGGGAAUGCCCCCGGCGCGGAUGACUGGCGCCGGGGGUGGGGUGGGCGGCCCGCCAGCGUCGAGUGCCAGUCCUACGCCUUGGGCUCUCGCCCCUUCGUGCAGGACCUCGCGGUGCUGCAGGAGACUGACGUCCUCGUCGCGACGCACGGCUACUUUUGGUGGGGGGUGAUGAUCAAGGACCCGGCCUUGGUGCGCAGCCCGUGGCUCAUGACGGAGGCCGGGAUGUACGCCGACUGGCGCACCAGCUGGAAGUCCCUCAUGUUCAAGCAGCGCGACCAAGACGUCGAGCUUCGCUGGCCGCCAUUGCACGCCGUGCUGACCGAAGUGGCUCGCGUGGGGCGAAACAAGGAGCAGUAUGGCGCCCUGCGCGGCAAGAAUCAGCAGUACUUCUCCUCGACGGUCUUCGAGGUGCUGCCCGACGGGAUUCUGCGGCGCCACAAGGGUCUGCAUCAGGGCAAGGCCAGUGCGGACCCCGACGAGCUGGCGACGCGCUACGCCCGGGCAAACUGCUCGUCGCGCGCAGGCGACGGGCUCUGCCGCUCGCUGGCCGUCUCGGAGCUUUGGCCGGUCACGGUGGCCGCCCUCUUUGGCGGCGGACAAGCCAUAUUCAUCGCCAUCCAGUGCCUCGACGUCUCCGUCGCCUCGCUUGGCUCGUGGGCCGCACUCGCAGCGGUCGUCAGCGCUUCGCUCACGUCGCUCCUCUCCAAGCGCGCUCCCGGCCCGCCGCCCUCCAUCAGCGAGUUCGACGUGGCGCCGGCGGUCGCGCGCGCGGUCAAGAUCCUCAACCUCGCGGCCGCCCUCCUCCACCGCGUCCGCUCCGGCGACGCCGCCCUCACCCUCCGCCUCGGCCUCUCGCUCUGGCUCGGCGCGCACCUUCUCCGGCCCUUCUCGCUCUUCACCCUCGCCUGGGCCGCCUUCACGGCCGCCGCCGGGCUGCCGCUGGUGCCGAACCACCGGGAGAAGGUCGACGAGGCGCGCGCCGCCAUCGCCGCCGCCGCCGUCGCUUGGGCCGCCCUCGCGCGGGCCAAGGCAAAGUACGCCGCGGCGCUGGCGGCGCUGACGAUCUGGUACCGCCUCUCGUGGACUUCGAUGGGGCUGGCGACGCUCUUCGGCGGCCUUGCGCUGCACCUGAGCUCGGAGGAGAACGUCGCCUUCAGCCAGACCGUUGCCUCGGUGGUGGCGGGAGCGCAGCGCAAGGCGCGCCGCAUGACGAUGACUGCGCAGUCUUUGGGCCUCUUCUCGCCCUCCAAGGAGCGCUCCGAGUGA